AAAAAAGUAUAUUUUAAAUUCAUAUAGCGUAUUCCAAUUUCAAUUUCAAGUUAAAAAUCGUUGAUAAGUUAUUGUGUUGUAAUUUAUUACUUUUCCCUCUACUAAACAUGAAGGAGUGCAAUAAUAUUGUUGGUAACAAUACUAAAGUGACAAUGGAGACGAACUCGUGUCUUCUCAAAGUAGUCGGAAACAACUGCGUGAUUUAUGUUCGUACUAAUUACGGCGACAUCGAGGUGGUUGGCAACAAUUGUCGGGUGGAGGUGACGAAUAACUACGGUUUCAUCAACCUUAUGGGUGGAAACGGCUUUGUGAACAUCAACAAACGUUGGAAGGGCGACAGCGUUCAGCUCCUCGGGACGAAUUGUAGGCUGAUCGUUGCGGGGAAGCUGAUGUCAGUCCCGACCUACGAAGCCCAGCUGUCGCCAUCCAGCACAGACCUGGACGACGUUAUUGAACCGAUUUUCCCAUUCGUGAUGCGGUGAAUAGCGACGACUCAAAUGGAUUUCGCUUUUGUGUGUUAAACAGUGAAAGAUACGUGGCACCUUCAAUGACUUUUGAUGUGGUUUCUGUGCUUUAGGUUGCGACUCGAGGUCAUGAUGUAGAUGGGUCUGUUUAAAUAAAGGCGCUUUUU